CGCGCUUUCGUGGCCGACCAAUGUUUGUUUACAUUUUGUCCUGUGAUGGGGAUGGUCCCUUUGCUCCUCGGAUAACAUGAGCUAAUUUCCUCCUUAUCCGCCUCUGUAAGUGAAUGCUAUGCAAUAUGCGACGCCAUUUAAGCCCUUUGUGAUUGAUUGAGUGAAGUUUUUUUCGUCCAUGGAGGAUAUGAGAUGCAGAAUAUGAGCUCCAUAAGAACGGUCUCUCGGGGAAGUUCAGAAGCUGAUUUUCCAUCCAGAAUAACAAAUGACAGGAGGCAAAAUGAGUUCGUAUUUGGAAGACUGUUCGGGAUCGGCAGCAUCUCACACCAAGCAAGGAGUAGAUGACAGUGACAUCUACGGUGACCUGGACUUGAUGGCAGCAGCACAGCAGUCGCAAGAUGCAUGGUCUGUCGGCAGUGAUGUCAAUGAUGCAGACAUAUACCAGGAGAUGGGUGUGCAGCCCAUUGAUUACACAACGGAGGAGGGAAGUGUUGAUAACUCUGCAGCCUAUAAAAAUGCUAAACAGGGCAAACCGGCAAGCCACCAGGGAGCCAGUAGUAUUGACUUUGAAAAUCUUCGGAAACUAUUACAAGGAGAUCUGAGUGGGAAAUCCAGUGGAUGUGAUGCGAAAGAAAAUCAACAUGUGAAGGAGAUUCAUGAUUGUGAAACUAAUAGUAAUGUGAAAGAGACCAUGAGAGAUGGCAGAACAAAACAGGAAGGUGCAAGGAAUGUUACAGCUGAAAAAGUUGCAGAGAAGUUCCAGGAAGGAAGUGAUGAAAAAGGCAGUGGAAGAUUAAAUCCAAGUAAGGUUCUCACAGAAAAUAAGCAACAUGGUGCUAGAGCAAAAAUGCCCCCAAAUGUCAGUGGUUCUGAAAAUACCAAAUCGACAUCUGCAGAAGGUACUUCAGCACAAAACAGAGACCUGCAUUUUGUGCUGUCUAUGUUGUGUAAAAAGAAUUCCAGUACGGAAGAUUUAGUGCAAAACAGUGUAGCAGAUCCAGGUAAGACAGGACCAGUUACUGGUGUAAAUGUAAGCAAUUCCUUAGGGUGCAGUGAAAACCCCGACAUUCCAACGGAUUCUCACAGGAAACCAAAAAAAGAUACUGACACUCAGAAGGAGGCUACUGGCACUAGGACACAAACCCAAGUCUCAGAAACAGGCACGAACAGACCCAAAAGAUUACCUGCUUCAAGUUUUAUGUCCAUUGAAACAAGUCCGAGCCCAAAGAAGAGUCCGUCAGAAAAGCAGAGCAAAGAAGCAAGUAAGGCAGACUCACAUUGGGACCUCUUUGAAGAUGUCAUGGUUGCUAGAAGUGAUGAAAAGG